AUGGCGAGCUCUUCGACGGAGUGGCACACCAGGCCGGUGAACGAGAAGAACCCGGUGGUGUUCUUCGACAUCACGAUUGGGGACGUUCCAGCCGGGAGGAUCAAGAUGGAGCUGUGGGCGGACGUUGCGCCGAAAACGGCCGAGAACUUCCGGCAGUUCUGCACGGGCGAGCACCGCAAGGCCAACGGGCAGCCAGUGGGAUACAAGAACUGCCCGUUCCACCGGAUCAUCAAGGACUUCAUGCUCCAGGGAGGCGACUUCGUCAAGGGCGACGGCACGGGCGCGAUGUCGAUCUACGGGACGCGGUUCGCGGACGAGAACUUCACGGCGCGACACACGGGGCCAGGGCUGCUGUCCAUGGCCAACUCGGGGCCCGGGACGAACGGGUGCCAGUUCUUCAUCACGUGCGCCAAGACGGACUGGCUGGACGGCAAGCACGUGGUGUUCGGGCGCGUCGUGGGCGACGGCAUGCUGGUGGUGCGCAAGAUGGAGAACGUGGCAUGCGGGCAGAACAACAAGCCCCUCAUGACGGUCAAGAUCGUCGAGUGCGGCGAAAUGUGA